AUGGUCAGAGGAAGUGCACGAAUUAAAGCUGGUGGUAUAAAUAUGGUUCAAGAUGGUCCACAAAUGAUCAAACCUCUAACAUUAAAUAUGAGUUUAUUUCAAUUUUUAAGAACUGGUUAUUUUGAAAAAGAUCUAUUAACUUAUUGUGCUAAUCGUCUUGCUGAAUAUUCAUGUAUAUAUUGGCUUGAUCCUACAGUGAAUGGAAAUAGUGAUUCAAUGGAAUCGAACUUAGCGUUUACAACAAUGACUAGUAAGUUUUUAAAAAAAGAUGUUUAUUCUGAAGUUACAAUGAUUUGUUGA